GGGCCAGGAGCUGUUCGUCUAUGGUGCGGAUGAUGGGCUCGUCGCUAGAGACUGGGCUGGGCGACAUCUUCAAAGAACCCGAUGAGAGAAUUCUGAAGGCCGUCGAGAAGGCGGGGAACAGGGCUGUGCCCUCGGACGUGGCCGCUCUGGCCGGCGUGGAUCUGAACGUGGCCAAGAGGGGUCUGGUGAACCUCGCCAACAUCGUAGGGGGAGACCUUGAGGUCUCCAAGGACGGAGACGUUGUGUACAACUUCCCCUCCAACUUUCGGGCCUCCCUUCUCUCCAAGUCUGCGUACCGCCGCGGCGUGGAGGCGGUCCGAGCCGCGUGGCCCGUCAUCUUCUACGGCAUCCGGGUGUCGUUCGGGGUGGUGCUGCUGGCCUCCAUCGCCCUCAUCUUCAGCACGAUCUUCUUCGCGGCGACCUACGCGAACUCCAGCAGCGACGACAAGUAG